AUGGAUCGCCGUUGCAUUUAUUAUCGCUUACCAUUGCUUGAGUCGGGUACAAUGGGUACCAAAGGCAAUACCCAAGUGCAUAUUUUGACACAGAUCGAGAGAGCACUGAUACAGGAGCGACCGAGCGGUCCGGAAGAUUGCAUCAAAUGGGCUCGACUCAAUUUUCAGGAAUAUUUCCACAAUGCAAUUGCGCAGCUGUUACACAUGUUCCCGGAGGAUCAGGUGACCGAUUUGGGGAUGAAGUUCUGGUCAGGCAGCAAGCGAUGCCCACAUGUCCUCGAAUUCAACCCACAAAAAGUUGAGGUGCCGGAGUUCAAGCCAAGAUCAAAUGUGAAGAUUGCUGUAACGGAGUCGGAAGCAAAACAGCUGGAAAAAUCUGAUGAUGAUGAUUGCGAUGCGCAGCUGCAGUCCGUUAUGGUAACCCUGGCAAAAAUGAACAAGAAAACAGUGCAGCGCCUGAAUGCAAUAGAUUUUGAGAAGGACGACGACACCAAUCAUCACAUGGAAUUCAUCACCGCUGCAUCGAAUCUGCGUGCUGAAAAUUACUCAAUUGCACCAGCCGAUCGUCUGAAGUGUGGAAAUGGUUACUUUACACUAUGGGAUCGACUUGAAGUGCAAGGACCCAAGAAAAUGAAGGAAUUGCUUCAGCUAAUUAAGGAAGAAUACAAUUUACAGGAAGAGACGGGAUUCGAUGUAUCCAUGGUAUCAUGUGGUGUAUCGCUUGUGUAUAGCUUCUUUUUGAGUAAUGAAAAGAAACUUGAGCGUUUGGAGCAAGAGUAA